AUGAUGCCCGCGAAUUUCUACAUUCGAAAAGAGCUUGAAGCCUUGAGCUCAGAUGUUCCGCCCCGAGACAUAGUCAGAAAGUUCCUUUCUCCGGGGAUGACCUUUGAAGACGUUGCGCCUGCACACCCCUAUCGAAGCCAGAUCAUGACCCCAAAAUUCACGAAGGACAAUCAGAGCGAGGAAGACCGACGGGAGGCAAUAGAAAGAGCGAGGCUCUACAAUGCAUUUGCCGACUAUCAAUCCCCCUAUGGCAUACCUGUCAAAGUAAAGACUUAUCACGCCGUCAAUCCCUGGGAUGAUGUCUCGAUUCUCCGGGUCCUCGAGGAAGCUUUUGUUAAGCUGUGCUCAGCAACGACUGAAGAUCAUGCGAAACAUGAGAUGAUCCCUGUCCUUGGUGUCGAGUUUGUACGCGGCAAUCGAAAAUACCAUGGAGUAUACCGCUCUACCGGGCGUCGUUCCACAUGGACGGUUUCUCUUGCAGGCUUGAAGGAGAUCGGAUUGGACCUGGAAAGUCUCGCCGCCACUAUGGGAGAUGCUCUCGCCAUGAUUAUUUACAAGUGUGGGCUGACGUACGUUGGCUCAUUCUUUUUCCGCCCCAUGCCCAUCGACAGCAAUGAACACCCUGGCUCUUCUACGAUCAGCCUCUAUAUCAGCUUGGUAAACUUCGAGAUUAUGGAUGCGAAAUUCCUUUAUCCUCUUGCAAUGAAGGCAAUGCUGGGCUAUUGGAAGCUGAACGUCCCUUCACCCAACAUACUGUUCUAUUACGCUUGGGGUCACCCCUGA